AUGUCCGGUGACUCCCACAAAACUGUAAUUAAAGGAAAUUCAUCAAAAUAUGUGAAACUAAAUGUUGGUGGAUCAUUACAUUACACAACACUGGGCACCUUGACCAAACAAGAUACAAUGCUCAGAGCCAUGUUCAGUGGUCGGAUGGAAGUUUUGACAGAUUCAGAGGGGUGGAUAUUAAUCGAUAGAUGUGGAAAACAUUUUGGAUCCAUUUUAAAUUUUCUAAGAGACAGUACAGUUCCAUUACCAGAAGUUAGGAGAGAGUUAAUGGAGCUUCUGCAAGAAGCCAAGUAUUAUCUAGUCACAGAUUUAGUAACACAAAUUGAAGCUGCUCUUAAAAGUAGAGAAGAAUUAGAACCUAUUUGUAAAGUCCCAUUGAUAACCUCUUCAAGAGAAGAACAGCAACUUGUCUCCAGUACUUUCAAGCCUGUUGUGAAGUUAAUUUGUAAUCGGCACAACAAUAAAUACUCCUAUACAAAUAAUUCCGAUGAUAAUUUAUUGAAGAAUUUGGAAUUAUUUGAUAAAUUAUCUUUACGCUUCAACCCAAGAGUUAUGUUUAUUAAAGAUGUUAUCGGAAGUAAUGAGAUUUGUUGCUGGUCAUUUUUUGGACAUAAACAAAAAAUAGCUGAAGUUUGUUGUACAUCUAUAGUGUAUGGUACUGAUAAAAAACACACCAAGGUUGAGUUCCCUGAAGCUAGGAUAUAUGAAGAAACAUUAAAUAUUUUGCUAUAUGAACAUAGAGAUAAAGGACCAGAUGCAGAGUUGAUGCAGGCUACAAGAGGAUAUACAGUUGGGGGUAGGAAUGGUUACCAUAGUGAUGAAGAAGUGGAAGAAAAACAUGAAAGAGAAAGAAUGUUACGGCGCCAUUAG